GCCGGGAAGGACAACAGAGCGCAUGCUCUAUUGUUACUGUUAAGCCUGUCACGACAGAGUGCCAAACGUAUAAAGGUUGUGCAUGGUGGUCGGUCAUUUACACAGCCUUGUCUUUUUCGAGUGGUAUUGGACGUCUUUUAAACCCAGUUAAGGUUAGGACAAAUGUCCUAGUACGGAGGCAUUCCACCCGAGAGAAGUAAGAUGGCACGGGGGAAUACAGAUCGACUCGAGGGCCGACAGCCACGCACCUGUUACCGAGGAGCCUGUGGGCAUCCCAACCAGCGAGCUUAAUUCGGUAACGAGUCGGGCUUACUUCAUGGGAGACAAGAGGGAAGUGGGGGACACGAUUGGCAUUCCUGAGCCCGGCCCCGGGGGCAGGCGACGAGAGGCAUGCUCCACACGAUAGGCAGCUGCCAGGAAACGGCGCCCGUGCAGCUGGAGAAUUAACCAAUAUCGUGAACCAUCGGAUCUCAGUGUUCGUGCUAGCACCAUGGAUGUAUGUGUACACAGUUGGUGAAAACAUAUCAUCCGAAAUGGAGAGAGCUUACAUGUUUCGACCCUUCACUCGGGAAACACUACUGGAGAUCGAGCGUAGGAUUGUAGAGGAGAAACAGCACGACGAUGCUCUUCUCUCCCCGCCUGGCUCCCCGGCUCACGGGCACAGCUCAGCAGGCUCCCCCAGCCACCACAGUGUCGCCGACCGCGAUGCUCGGCCAGCAAGGGACGCCCCUGACUCCGAGUUGGAAGCGGGGCGCUCUUUGCCAACUUCACUUGGAAGAUUCCCCAGGAAGUUGUAUGGGAGACCUGUCGAAGAUGUCGACCCGUACUACCUUAACAAGAAGACGUUCAUCGUUGUCAGCAAGAAGGGAGAAAUUGCGAGGUUUAGCGCGACAAAUGGACUGUGGCUGCUGUCUCCAUUCUGCACAAUCCGGGGGCUGGCGCUGUACAUCCUGGUACAUCCGUGGUUCAGCUUGUUGGUGAUGAUGGCGAUUCUAGUCAACUGUGUUUUCAUGACGAUGACCGCCCCUCCAGAGAUGACAGAAUACGUUUUUACUGGUGUUUACUCUUUCGAGAUGAUUGUAAAGAUAUUGGCAAGAGGUUUUAUUCUAGAGCAAUUCACAUAUCUCCGAGACGCUUGGAACUGGCUCGACUUCAUAGUCAUACUUUUAGCCUAUGUUACUAUGUUUGUUGAUCUGGGGAACCUUUCUGCUCUGAGAGCCUUCAGAGUACUCAGGGCACUGAAGACUAUUUCUGUAGUGCCAGGUUUGAAAACCAUAGUGAAAGCUUUGAUAGAAUCAGUAAAGAAUCUUCGGGACGUUAUCCUGCUGACAGUAUUCUGCCUGGCUGUCUUCUCACUCCUCGCCCUGCAACUCUACAUGGGGACCCUACUGAACAAGUGUGUGCGUCAUCUACCGACAGACAACGGAACAGCAUCAAAUGUUACAGACGAGAUAUACAUGGCGCACAUAAACAACGAAACAAACUGGUACUAUUACAACGGAGAGUGGCCUCUAUGUGGAAACGCCAGCGGUGCAGGACAAUGCCCCACUGGGUACACGUGCCUUCCAGGAAUAGGGACGAACCCAAACCAUGGCUACACAAGUUUCGACACUUUCGGCUACGCGAUGUUAUCUUCCUUCCGCCUUAUCACACAAGACUACUGGGAGAACCUUUACCAAUUGAUAAUCCGAGCGGCCGGUCCGUGGAACAUGCUGUUCUUCGUCUUCAUCAUCUUCCUGGGGUCCUGUUACCUCAUCAACCUGAUGCUGGCCGUGGUGGCCAUGUCAUACGCGGAUGCGAACGACAAUGACGAUGACGACGAUUCGUCCUCCUCCUCAUCGUCGUCGUCGUGUUCCUGUUCGGGGAGCGGGUCAUGUCACUCUGGAGACUGCUGCUGCGAAUGUGUCUCCGUGGCAAGUGACGCAGAACGUGGUUCCAACCAUUCCCUGGAUAAAACAGGCAGCAAACGCGGCAGCAGAUUCAGCAUUCACAACGUAAUUUUGCGGAGUAGAUCGUAUGAAUUGUUGAACGACAGCAUUGUCCAGAGCCCCACCAUGGACAGCAUGGUUCGGAGUCCAGAUACAGAGCGGACGUCUCUUCCAGAUAUCCUCAGCAACCAAUCGGAAAUGGACAUGAAGGUUAUUUCUAACGAACAAAACGUUCCAAAUGGGAUGGCGCCAGAAUCAUGCCAUAACUGUAAGAAUUGGCAAGAUGUCAGAGACUUCAAGGGAAAAACAAACACGGAAAUACCAUGGUACUAUGAUACGGAUGACGAUGAAGACGUUGAAACUAAAGAAAAGCUGGCGGACAAGUUGAAAACCUGGUGUUGCAAUACCUUUUGGAACAGUUGGGAGUGUUGUUCUUGCUUCAAACGAUUUCAAGAAAUCCUGUCCCUUUUUGUCAUGGAUCCGUUGAUAGACCUCUUGAUCACACUAUGCAUUGUUCUGAACACAAUGUUUAUGGCUAUGGACCACUACGGCAAAAGCGAGUCUUUUGAACUGACCCUUAAAACAGGAAACUACGUUUUUACGGCCAUAUUUGCAGCUGAAUUUUUUCUGAAGUUGCUUGCCCUCGGGCCUGCAGUGUACUUCAGCAGUGGCUGGAACUGUUUCGAUGCCAUCAUCGUUAUCCUCAGUCUGGCCGAACUUGGAUUAGAAGGCGUCCAGGGGCUGUCAGUUCUCAGGUCAUUCAGAUUGCUGAGAGUAUUUAAGCUUGCCAAGUCCUGGCCGACGUUAAACCUGCUCAUCUCCAUCAUUGGCAGCUCCAUAGGUGCCUUGGGCAAUCUGACGUUCAUCCUCGGCAUAGUUGUCUACAUUUUCGCUGUGAUCGGAAUGCAGCUUUUUGGAGCUGAGUAUGAGAAGAGAUUGGAUCUUUUUGACGGCGAGUUACCCAGAUGGAGUUUUGUGGACUUUUUGCACUCCUUCCUCAUCAUCUUCAGAGUGCUGUGUGGAGAGUGGAUUGAAAAUAUGUGGGUGUGCAUGCUCGUCAACGGAUGGGCCUGCAUCCCCCUCUUCAUUCUGUCAAUGAUUAUAGGCAAUUUGGUGAUCCUGAACCUAUUCUUGGCUUUGCUGUUGAGCUGCUUCAGUGCAGAUUCUCUAGCAGACAGACCGGAAGGUGAUGGUGAACCAAACAAUCUGCAACUGGCAGUAGAGAAACUCAAACGAUGGGCCAAAAUGUUACUUGACUUAUGCCGCCCGAGUUUUUGGAGAAAACGACGAAAAGGAAAAGAAAAGUUCAACGAAGCGAAUCCUACGGACGGAGAAACCUCCAGGGAAGCUGUAGAAGAGACGGUGAACGAGCAAGUCCUCGAUUCCGUUUACACCGUCAAUCUUCCAGAGGAGGUUCCAAAAACUUUACCAACAGUGACGCCAUCCCAAUUCCUGUUGGGAUCGCCCACCCCAGCGCCAUUGUGUAGAUUCGGUUCGAACUAUGACGUCACAGUCGUUGUUCCCACGCGCCCCAUGAAUGGCCAUGCACCGAUCGAUGGAGCUGCGCUGAUGAAGAACGUUGAUUCAAACCAAGUGCCAGUAUUUAACCAUAGAUUAUCAGAAAAGGGUGCAGAUGACCUUGGCAUUUGUAAUGAAUUUGGAGCAGCGCAGUCGUCCCAGGGUGCAGAAAAUGGGAAACCGAUCAACUGCAAAUCACCGAAUCACCAAGACAACAGUGAACAAAAGAGUGGCCGGCCAGAAGGAGAGAGCACUGGUACUGGAAAUGUCAAUGAUGACGAUGAUGAAGAUGCUGAUGUUAUCAUCGAUUGCUGUCCUCCUGUAUGUUAUCCAUGCUGCUACAAAUGUUGUGCAUGUGCCAAUGAGGAGAGAAAGGCAGGGGAGAUAUGGAAGAAUGUCCGGCUAAAAGCAAACUUCAUCGUUCUUCACAAGUACUUCGAAACGUUUAUCGUUGGGAUGAUUUUGCUGAGCAGUCUGGCACUGGCUUUCGAAGACAUAUAUCUUAAAGACAGACCCGCCUUGCAGCUUGGCCUGAACAUCGCGGAUCGACUGUUUGCCGUGAUCUUCUGCUGUGAGAUGCUGAUAAAGUGGAUUGCGUUUGGGUACAGAAAAUACUUCACCAAUGCCUGGUGUUGGCUUGACUUUGUCAUCGUUAUGAUUUCCCUGCUUGGAAUAGGGGCUGAGGCUCUUGGCCUUUCUAAUCUGUCGGCAUUCAGAUCGAUGCGAACACUGAGGGCUUUGCGACCGCUGAGAGCAAUUUCCAGGGCCGAGGGCAUGAGGGUAGUGGUGAAUGCACUGGUGAAGGCCAUCCCGUCUAUCAUGAACGUGCUGAUGGUGUGCCUUGUUUUCUGGCUCAUCUUUGCUAUCAUGGGCGUCCAACUAUUUGGUGGACAGUUCUUCAAGUGUGUAGAUGAAAACAACAAACGGCUACCAACCAACAUUACCGAUAACAAAGAAGAGUGCCUGAUGAAAAAUUACACUUGGAUUAACUCCAAGAUCAACUUCGACAACGUGGGUCAAGCUUAUCUGGUAUUGUUUCAAGUGGCGACGUUCAAAGGAUGGAUAGAGAUCAUGGCCGAUGCUGUGGACGUCAGAGGGGUCGGAAUGCAGCCAGACAGAGAGACCAGCCUGUACUUCUACUUGUACUUCGUUGUCUUCAUCAUCUUUGGCUCCUUCUUCACUCUUAAUCUCUUCAUCGGUGUCAUUAUCGACAAUUUCAACGCCCAGAAGAAGUGCAUGAUAAGGGAAGGAGGGGAGUCAGAGGACCUUUUUAUGACGGAGGACCAGAAGAAAUAUAGAAAGGCUAUGAAGAAGCUUGGAUCGAAAAACGCAAAGAAAGCGAUACCAAGACCAACGAACUGUGUCCAGGGCUGGUUCUACGACACAGCGUUGAACCAGAAGUUUGAUAUUACCAUCAUGGUCUUCAUCUGCCUGAACAUGGUUUCUAUGAUGAUUGAGCACUACAGACAGAGCGACAAGCUUAAAGAGGCGCUGGAACUCAUCAACAUCAUCUUCAUCGCUGUCUUCACCUUCGAAGCUGUGUUGAAGAUCAUAGGGCAGCGGUGGUACUAUUUCAAGCAACCCUGGAAUAUCUUUGACUUCGUCGUGGUAGUGAUGUCGUUAUUAGGACUUAUACUCGCUGACUUCAUCGCAAAGUAUUUCGUCUCACCAACAUUGUUGCGGGUGGUGAGAGUUGCUAGAAUUGGACGGGUCCUCAGGCUCAUUCGUGGAGCAAAGGGAAUACGGACCCUUCUAUUUGCAUUAGCUUUAUCCCUACCAGCUCUUCUUAACAUAGGAUUGCUGUUGUUCCUCGUCAUGUUUAUAUUUGCCAUAUUUGGCAUGUCAAACUUUGCUUAUGUGAGAAAAAGUAAUGGUCUAAAUGAUGUUAUCAAUUUUGAGACAUUCGGAAACAGCAUGAUAACUCUCUUCCAAGUAUCUACUUCAGCCGGUUGGAACGGGAUAUUGGACCCACUUAUAAACGAUGGUCCCCCGAACUGUGAUCCGGAGGCGGACACCCCAUCCUCGAACGGAGACUGUGGGAAUUCCGGAGUGGCUAUAUUUUUUGUGGUGGUGUACCUUAUGGUCAGCUUUCUAAUCGUGAUAAACAUGUACAUUGCCAUUAUUCUGGACAACUUCAGUCAGGUCCGCCAAGAGGUUGAGGAGGGAGGAGUAACGGAGGACGACGUGGAGAUGUUCUAUGCCGUGUGGGAACGUUACGACCCAGACGCCACCGAAUAUAUACAAUACGAACGUCUCUCAGACUUCGUUAACGAGUUGGAGCCACCUCUUCAAAUCAAGAAACCAAACAAAAUAACAUUAGCAUAUCUGAAUAUCCCUAUAAUGCAAGGGGAACGAAUAUACAGCAAGCAUCUGUUAAAAGCUUUGACCAAAUUUGUUUUGGGAACAGUUGGAAAAGAAGAUGAUGACGACGAAGAGGACGUGCCUGGUCCAGAUGAAGCGCAUAAGAUGGAAGAGAUCCCGAUAUCGUCAACUUUGGUGAAGAGAAGAGAGGAGGUUGCUGCUCGUGUUUUCCAGAGGUGGUAUCGAAAAAUCAUGAGUGAAAGAAAACAGAAGGAGAAACACACGGACAAUCGCACACCUCACGAACUGACGGAACAGACGGAAAUAGAACAGGCAAAGUCUAGUCCAGGGGAACGUAAGCGAAAACAAACGUCUAUAUUGCCUAUCAUUUUAAAACCUACACUGUUGGACCCGACAAACUUAAUCAGAUCACCAAAACUUACAAUUAGAGGGAAAAAGGAUACGAAUAGCUGAUUUACUUCGCAUGUGGAACAAGUCUAGGAUUUUGAUUCUCGAGACCACAAGAAUAACUGAGUCUUUAGAUGAAAAGAAAUUGUCUUGCUGCUAAACAGCUAUUCUUUCCACAAAAUGGGAGUUUUCUUAUUUAUUCUAGACGUAUUUAUUUUUAUAGAAUAUUAUUGACAUUGUAAGACGUAAAAAGAUUUAGAAGUAGUCUGUCCUUAUAUGCCAUAUAUAAACACAAGUGUACGCGUGAUGAAAUUUGCCAAUGACACAGAUAUUCACUUUUGAUACAUAAUAAAUGUGUGAAUUUCAUCUGAUGUAUCUGAUGGAGAAACAACAACUAGAUGAUAUCAAUUAUCUUCAAAGUUGUUAGAUGUCUACGUUUUGAUAUGCCAAAAGGUUAUACAAGUGAUUUAUACAGCAAACUCAUUCUUUCAUCAAAUGAGUUGAAAUUUGCACAACGCUAAAAGCAAUUGCUUCAGUUUUAAUGUGUGGUCAACUUGAAAUGAACUCAGUCACACUUGAUAAUCUGAGCCAGACAUUGAGAUGAUGUUGUCUCAAUGAGAUACAUGCCUUUACCUUCGAACAAAAUUUCAACUCAUUUCAUGGAAUCUAGCUUGCUAAAAUGGCACUUGCAUUACGUUUUGACUCGCCCUUGUAUGUCCCAGUUAACUGGUACAAAGCAACACAUGAAAAAGCUGUAUGAUUACAAAGGUGCACUGCUAUGUCAGAAACUUAAACGUGAAUUACGUCAAAUGGAAAAAGAAUGGUGUGUUGUGGAAAAAUAAAAAGAUAACUUAUAAUGUUAUGUCAUGGAUAUUACCUUUUGCGCGAUGGUCAUAGGUCAUUCAACAUGGGUUGGAGAUAUGCGGAACAAUCAAAAUGGAGACCUUUCUUUUACUACGAAAUGUCUUUCCUUCAUUAUCAGUCACUUGAAGUUCACAGUAAAUAAAAAGUUGCAAACAUUA